CGAAGUACCACGGGUCUUCGCGCAGCCGGUCCCAGGGUCACGAGUCUACAUGUGUUUAACCUCAGCGAGGACACCACAAUUGAUGACGUUAUUAAGCAUGUGCAGCAAAUGGGUAUUUCGGCGCCCGUGUGCGAGCAACUGGUGGUCACCAGAGGUAAUUACGCAUCGUUCCGUCUUGAUGUGCCAGCCGAAAAACAGAAGACCGUGCGAGAUAUCAAAAACUGGCCAUCUGGUGUAUCGAUUCGUUUGUUUAAUGUCGUGCAGGCAAAAAACUUGACAGCAAAACAAGUAGUAACAAGAACCAAGUAAAUUCAAAGUUUGUCAUUAUUCACCAGAACGUUAGAUCUAUUAAUGGUAAAACAUCACUGAUAGACUUACUAACAAGCACAGAAAAACCACACGUAAUAGGAUUUAGCGAAAUUUGGUGCCGUAAAAAUGAGAUUGCGCGAGUGAAACUACGAGGGUACUUGCUUGCAAAUUAUUAUUGUCGUACGCGCAUCGCCCAUGGCGGUACCGCGCUAUACAUACGGCAAGGUAUAGACUAUCGGCAGCGCGACGACUUACAUGCCUUCGCCGUGCAAUAUCAUUUUGAAUAUACGGCAAUAGAAGUUACUAGUUUGAAAAUUAUUAUUAUUGUACUUUAUAGGACAGGAAAUGGAGAUUUUGACUUUUACUUGGAGAAUUUAGAGUUAUUGUUAAAAAUGAUUACUGACGAAAACAAAAGGUUUCUCAUAAUUGGUGACCAUAAUGUAGACUAUUUAACCGAUAAUACCAUGAAGCGGCGUAUCAAUGAUGUGUUAACAUCCUAUGGGUGUCAAAACAUAAUAUCCUUUGCUACUCGCGUGACAGCGGAUUGUGCGUCGUCCAUUGACUGCGGGAUAUCGAACUGUGCGAGCGAUGAACUUUCUGUAACACCAGUCGAUACCGCGAUCAGCGACCACAACGCGCAACGAUUUGAAUUAAUCACCCAACAUAAACUCGAUAACAAAGAACACAGAGUAGUCGAGCGCCGCGUUUUUGACAUAGAUUCAAUUGGAUUAUUUUACCGUGACAUUGCAAAUUACAAUUUUAAUUUUAUAUAUGAUAAUACGUUUGACAUCAAUUAUAAAUUUAAUAAACUAUUUAAUAUUUUUAAACAUUACAUUGACAUACAUUUUCCAAUUAAGAAGUUUAGUUGUAAAAAUAUUCCAAAGGUGCCGUGGCUAAGUGACGAAUUGGCGGAGUUGAUCGGUAAGCAUGUCGACCUCCAUGAAAUUAGACGUCAGUACCCAAACAAUCCAAUUCUAACAGAAUGUAUUGAUCAUUACUCCAGUCUAAUUAAGACAAAAACAUUGCAAACACGUCAAAAGUUUAUUGAAGGUAGGCUAAUGGACAGUGGCAACAAAUCGAAAGAAAUUUGGAAAAUUGUUAACGAAGAAGUGGGAACAAAAUCGAAAUCUCAGAACAUAUCCUUACGUGACCCUCUAACGAGCUUAACUAUAGAGAAAAGGGACCUGCCUAAUACAUUCAAUUCCCAUUUCCUUAGUAUAGCGUCUAAGUAUGCCAUACAAGGUGACUUGUCCGAGUCUAUUAGGUACCUACAGACGCAUUUAGGUAUGACUGAUGUACCCAUUUUCACUCUGCCGGUCGUCACUCGCGAUCUCUUAGAUAAGGCACUACACUCUAUGAUGAAGAAGCGUAGCACCGUCGAUGCUUUUGAUAUUUCACCCAAUAUUCUGUUUUGGACUUGGCCGGUUGUUGGUGACGUACUUGUUGUGCUCAUAAACCUUAUGUUCGAAACUGGUACAUAUCCUGACGUUUUAAAAAAUGCCAGGGUAUGUCCAGUCUUUAAAGGAAAGGGCGACAGGUGCGACGUCAACAAUUACAGGCCUAUUACAAUAGUGCCAACCAUAUCCAAAAUGGUUGAGUCUAUCUUGUCCUGAUAACGAGUAACCAAUAUGCGUACCGACAGAAAAUGUCCACAACCACCGCGGCGUGCAGGAUGUUUGAUUCUAUAGUGACUGGGUUAGAUGACAAAAAAAAGAUGGCAGGAGUGUUGUGUGACUUAUCGAAGGCAUUUGACGUCAUCAGUCACGUGAUACUGCUCAAAAAACUAAAUCAGUAUGGUGUCCAAGACAACGCUCACCAGCUGUUUACGUCUUUUUUAUCGGACCGCAAACAAGUCGUAAAACUGCUUGCCGACGGCAAACCACUACAAUCCGACGCAGGGUCUGUAAAUAUCGGUAUUCCGCAGGGCUCUGCUCUUGGAAAUACGUUAUUUCUUCUCUUUAUAAACGACCUGCCGUCGAACGUUGCAGCUGGUUUGCCUGUAUUGUUUGCGGACGACACAACCGUGUUGGUUAGUGCAGAAUCUUACGACCAGCUAAGCCUAAAGAUAAGCGAUGCUUGUGCGCAGUUACAGACCUGGUUUUCAGCAAAUGGGCUCAUACUAAAUUGCUCCAAGUCAAACGUGAUGCUAUUCUCUGGUCGGGAGAUUCCACUGCCACCAUGCAUGGCCAGCAGUCCGAUGCCAGUGUGCAAUGAGAGUAGGUUCCUUGGGUUUAUAGUCGACUGUAACCUUAACUGGAAGCACCAUGUUGACAGUGUCUGUGACAGGUUGGGUAGUGCAGUCUUUGCGUUGCGAAAGAUGAAGCCACUUAUCUCGAAGGAAGCUCUAAAACAGGUGUACUUUGCUCACUUCCAUUCCAUUAUGUCGUACGGCACGCUCAUUUGGGGUAACUCCACUGAUGCCAGAAGAGUCCUAAUAGUUCAGAAGAGAGCAAUUCGUACACUUGCUGGAGUAAAACAUAGGCACCCAUGUAAAGAACUUUUUAUUUCGGAACGCAUUAUGACUCACUACUCACAACACCUGUUUGACUUAAUAAUAUACGUGAGAAACAAUAUUGCUCAAUUUUCUCGUGUAAAUUGUCCGGGAAAACAACUGCGUAACACAGGUCGUCUUAGAACAGUUCCUCGUCGCUUGGUGCUUUCAAAAAAGAACCCACGAAUCAUCGGACCUACUUAUUUCGAGCACCUACCUGCCGAGAUAAGAAACGAGCAAUGCGACGAAAUAUUCAGGCGUAAAUUGAGAA